GAGCCCGAGCUGGGGGAAGAGCCGAAGCCGAGAUAGUUCGUGGUGCGUGGUCCAGUAAAUCGGAUCACGUCGGUUCGUCGUUCGUCUCGUCAGUCCGCCCCGUCCGUCCCGGCGCGCGCACCACGUAGUGCAGCAGAGACAAGCUCGCAGCCACCGUGCCAUGGCCACGACCUUCACCACAGCCUCCCCGAUGGCGGCCGUGACCGCGGCCCUGCUGCUGGCCGUAGCCAUCUCAUCUCCGACGGCAGUGUUUGCGGACAAAUCGAGUGAGUCAUCCGAAGGAGCAGACUCCAAAGAGAACCGCAGCUCCGUCAGCGCACGCCAGCUGUUUGGCUUCGGCACGGGCCGGCCCGGCCUCCCCGGCCUGUUCGGGAGCAGCCCUUUCGGCUUCGGCAACAACGGCUUCCCAUUCGGCGGCGGUAACCCGUUCUUCAAUGGCCUGCCAGAUGGGGGCGGCGGCAGUGGCCAGUUCAACAACAACCCCUUCCUCAACGGCCAAACGGGCAACGCCCCAUUUCACAACAACAACCCGUCAAUCAGCGGGGAUCCCAGCGGCAACCCAUAUCCUACGAAUGUGCCCACCAGCGGAGCCAGUGGUGGCCCUGUUCGGCCUCGCCCAGACCAAACCGGCAACCAGUACAACACGGGCAGACCGUUCGGGAGCGGUGGAGUUCAAAACGGAAAUCAGUACACCACCAGCAGACCAUUCGGCAGCGGUGGGGCCCAGAACGACAACCAGUACAACUCCGGCAGACCGUUCGGCAGCGGGGACGUUCAAAAUGGCAACCAGUACACCACCAGCAGACCUGUUCUUCGUACUCAAAAGGAACACUCGACCUGCAUGCACAGACCUACAAUUGUGUGCUGCCCCCUGCUGCCCGAGGACUGCGGCCCCAACAACACGUCGGACAGGAUCAUCAGCUCCGCCGGCCACCAGACGUCACUGGAGGAGUUCCCGUGGGUGGUCCGCCUGGGGUACCGCUCUGCCGGUUCUGGAGAGAUCACAUACCACUGUGCGGGCUCCCUUAUCUCCAACCGCUUCGUGCUCACCGCGGCCCACUGCGUGCAACAAAAGGAGCCAUCGGUGGUGCGCCUGGGCGAGUACGACACCAUGACCGACCCCGACACCGAGCCCAUAUUCUCGCACUCCGCGCCCAGGUCGACGUGCUCGUGGAUCGGGUCGUCGUCCACCCCGGCUACGACCCGAAGAAGGACAUGCUGGAUGACAUAGCGCUCGUGCACCUUGAGGAGCCCGUCGCCUUCUCCGAGUCGGCGCAGCCCGUGUGCCUGCCGAUCGAGGCCCACGCCGCGCGGUACAGGCCGGCGCUCAAGACGGUCGUCGG